AUGGACUCCGGAGAUGCAAUCUGUGCCCAAUUGAGCGCUGGACUAUACAAAAACGCGGAUGAACUUGCCAAUCUUUGGAAUUACGUCGGUUAGUGAGUCUUUCUGUUAUGCUGUUUUCCACCUUUUUUUGAGAAAUGGGCAUUUGAACGUCGUCGGCUUAGAAGAUCAAGAUGCAGCUAAAAGCAACCGAGAAACUGUCCUGACAUCCAUCUUCAGCUGUCAGAGAGUUUCUUUAUAUGCAGUAUUUUUCGUGCUCUCUUAGCAACCGCGAGUUGUCAUCUAAGAUGUACAGUUCAACUAAUGAUUAAAAGUUUAGCUAUACUUAAUAUCGGGACACCGAAGGCAAAGUAAACUCUUAUUAUUCUACUCUGAAAAGAUCUGCAUGCAUAUUUUUGCUUACAUGAAGUGCACAGAAUCCUGAGCUCUUAUUUUGUCGCCCCUAGGCUUAUUGACCACAGCCUGUUGUGCUUUACGGUUAGUGACAUUUCUUUAAAACAUUGUCUCCACUUCUUUUCGGGAUAAGUGCGGGUUUGACCAACCUUUGUAUAUUUUUAAGCUCACCAAAUUUCCAAGGGACACUCUCUACGAUGCUUGCGGGGACUGAACUUUUCAGCCAAAGUUCGCCGCAGUUAACGACGUUUUUAAAGACUAUACGGUCUCCUUGGUUGCAACCUUGCAAUAAUUAAUUUAAAAAGGUCAAAAUAUCAUGCUGACAAAGACAAGGACAAUUGGAAUGCCCUUAUCUGGCCCAAUAGCUGUCAGCUAUCUGAGAUGUGUCCUGUAACGGGACCGGUGAACAUCCGUUUACAAUCCCAAAUAUUCCCCCGCGGAACCGAUGGGACGCAGAGUCCGUUAUGUUAUUUUUCUCACAUUAACAGCCUUUGUGCAGAUAAUGCGAGGUCUGAGGUCGAGCUCCAAUGCACAACGGGAUGAGUUUUGAACAUUAACAAGAUCAGUGAGCUUCUCACUCUCAUUUAUUUACCCACAAGUUGUUGUUGUGGAUUUUGAUAAUUAACUGAAUCACAUGGGAAGGUCUCAACAGACACCGUACCGCCGGUUAUUUCACAAGCGAUUUAGUAUAAUUUACUAAUGUAUAUUUGUAAGUGUUCUUGCCUCACGCUGUAGUAGAAGCUUUAAUAUAUAACAAUGAGGCUGGCCUUUCUGGUUCAUCCCCAAUUAUCGGUUUUUUAGGCGGACCUUUUGAAUUAGACUCUGUAAUCUUCAACGAAGCCAAGCUCGGCUACCCAACGCUUUUGAUUAUCCGCAAUCAAGCCUGUCCAUCAAAACAAACGAGGGUGGAUUGUCAAGCGUAUAAGCCAAUAAUUAGCAAGUGUGGUGAAGAAGAGUGUUGAGGACUUUCAGAGGUCAGGGUCUAGUUCAGUCAGGGGCUUGGGGAUGGGAGGGAGAGGCGGGAGGUUUCUAGUCUCUGUUUUGCCGUGUAAAACGACGCGGCAGGAUGUCUGGACGCACAUGCUGGUUAGUCUUUGGCCAGGGGAGCCUAAACGCCUGAAUAAACGCCUUAUGGCAGCACAGAUUUGGACAAGUUAAACUUAUGGCCACAGACUCUGCCACUGCAAGUGUCGGAUGACCUAUGAACCCAGACUAUCUAACCGGCACUUUAUAAAUGACUCGGAAUGCUUUGCUGACGUCUUUGCCGUGGCCGCUGUCAACGUGCUGAACCACAGUUGAGCGAGACAUUGACCUUUUCAUAUCUUGAGUUAGACAGAGGGGAUGGUGCGCCCGAAUCCGCGAGGAUAGGCGCCCAGUAGUUUGACCAGUAUUGCGUGCUCCAAAGGAAAAACCGAAGGUCAGGAUAUAGGUCUGAAGGAACUGCUAUCCUUGCCUUAAAGGCGAAGAAACGGAGUGCUUGGGAAAACCAGUUAUAUCUGCAGUGUUUCGUUCAAUCCAAAAAUUUGAGCUAAACAGUCUGUACUGUUUUUCUGCCAUUGAUAAGGACGAGAUUGGAUUAAAGCACAACACAUGUUGGACAAAUACUUGAGUACGCUUGAUUAAGUUUGCUUCGAGAGUGGGUCUCAGAAUGCACUCGUGGCGUCUGCUACAAUAUGCUUUCUGGUUACAACAAGUAGACCUAUCUGCUAGCAGUCAAAUGAGGAAUUCUGUAAACUGGCCAGACUCCAUCUGCUGCAUCAAAAUGCUGAUUUAGGUCGAAAUCGUAGACGAAGGCUAAAAGAAGACUAGGCUUAUCAUCCGUGAUUUCCCGCCAACAACCCUAGACUUUGCCUUAGUUUCAAGGAAAGGGACGUGAAUUUUAAACACUGAGGUGUAAAAAACUCCAUAAAGUCAUAUAUCUGACAGCGGUGACAAAUAACUGAAUGCAUCAUCAAGCUUUUGAAUCCUACGGCUGAACAACAAAUAAAAACAAAUUUACAAUUGAUUCCCUAAAAGAAGAGAACGUCUCCGUUAUUGCUAAUUCAUCGUUGUUAAACGACAAAAGUGAAUGGCUUAAAUUCUGAUUGGUAAUCAGGGAGAGUGGUUGAACGCAACGGAUAUUUUGACGUAUUUUCCUGAGCUACUGUCAUUUGCCCUUUGGACAGUCUUAUAAAACGAGUGGGCUAGCUGACCGAAUACUGGGGAGGUUGGUGUGGGGUUUGUCUUGCAGACAUCUUACGAACUUUUUCUUGAACAAUUGGUAUAUCACAAAAUUUACAUGUAGGCUAAUCUUUAAUCUGAAAAAGUGCUGACCAUUUUUGUUCCACCGUACGCAGGCAAUUCUAGUAAGAAGUACUCUGGUUUACCGAUGGCUUUUAGUAUAUCAGUGUAUCUUGAAGGAGUCAGUAGGCGGGCUACCUCAUGGAAUGCCAACCGAAAUCCCAAAAUGUGUUUCAGUUUCGAAAAGAGUAAUUAGGCGAGGUUGUAAAACUAGUCAGCCUGCAACAUGAUUCUAUAAUAUUUCAGUUAUCUCAGGAUGCGGGCUUUCGACAGAACUUAUUUACGGUUGCAUACAAAACCGUACUUUGGAAAACGUUACUACUUAUGUAGAAAGACUUGUUCUCAUUUAUUUUCGAUGCCCCUAAAUGUCCAAUUAUAUUUCCUCGAAAACAUGCAUAAACAUAUUUAUUCUUUUGCUUAUUAUGUAGAAAACUACGUCUUUCUUCAACUUUAUACUCGAAGGAAGGGAAUAAUACGGUUUUAAAAAGGGUUAUAAUUGUGAGACUUUCUAAUGACGCGGAAUGGCCGUUCAUGAAAUGUCGUGUCUCUGCAUUUACCAAUGUGGCUUGUAAAUUUAACAAUAUUGGUCAAAUCCACUGAUAUAUGCUGGCCUCAUAAUGCCGUAGAGAAAUCUGUGGUUUUCCGUACGGGGAAUGUACACGGCUUGUAGUUUGGAAACCCUGAAUGCAAUUGUAACGGCGGGUUGGGUUCAAAAUUAUUGGGGAAUUUGAAAAGAUUUGCAAACCGAAAAUGAACCUCCCUUCGAGUAUAAAACUGGAAGAAAACGUAAUUUUCUACCGAAGGAUUAAAAGAAUGAAUAUUUUUAUGCAUGUCUCCUAUGAAAUAUAAUUAAAUUUUUGAGGGCGUCAAAAACCAGUGAGAAAAAUUCAUACUACAUAAGUAGUCAUUUUUAACAAAGUGUAGUUUUUGCAUGCAGCCGUAAAGAAGUUCGUUCAGAAGCCGGCAUCCUGGGGUAACUGAAUUAUAAAAGAAUGUUGCAGCAGUUUUAUAACCUCUCUUAAUUAAUCUUUUUGAAACGAAAACGCAUUUUGGGAUUUCGGUUGACAUUUCAUGAGUUGGUCCACCUGCUGUAUGUCUAAAGUCAAAAACCCCGAAGACGCGGCGGCGUAUGCUUUCAACAGUUUGUUAGCUGUAAAAGUAACUUGCAGUCUCUAUUUUUCGGAUGCUCAGGGCAUCUUAAGUCCUCACACCUUCCGCAUAUUGCCACUCUGAUACUUCCUAUGACUGAACACAGAAAUCAAAAAGGGGCUUAGAUGUUAAAAUGCCCCAGUAGGUCCGGAUUUGUGAUUUUGUGAAAUUUUCACUUGCUUAUUUCAUCCUUAAAGGCUUCGACGAGGCCGAACGGGCAGCCAGAACACAAACGCUGAACGCUCUCCUGGAGAAGGUGUUUGCGGAGUUCAUUCAGGCCGAAAAUGCCACCGUCUUGGAGCUUAACACUCAAAUUGAGGCGUGUAGACGGCAAACAGCAGAAGCCUGCCAGUCACUUGGCUUGCCGCCCUACCUGCCAGAACGCGGAUUGACAAUUUGUCAGUUAAAAAAGGUGACUAUCAACGUCUAAAAAGGCUCCUAUUAGACUCUAGGUGUGUAUGACUUUGGCGUCGUAUGUCGACUGCGAUAGGGCACAUCUAUAGGACUGUCUUUAUAAAAAAUAGAUCUUUUCCCAGCGAAUCUUAAGUCUUUACAGGCGGCUUAAUGCAAAGGUUUAAUUUCGCAGAUCUAUGCUAAAUGAGUUUUGCUACGGUUCUGCUGUUUGUGGAACCUGUAAUUAUCGUGCCUUGCAAUAUGAAAACGUUUGCUGAGAUGUAUCAUUAUAGCACCAAUAACUGUUAUAUGUUCAGUAAAUGUGUGGCUGGUAAAAGUCGCGUGUGACACACUACUUAACCGGUACAACUUCAUGCCAAGUAGAAAUUGAGGAGAGUCACGAGUGGAAAUGUGGCCAGUUAGAUUAAAGAAAGGCCUUACGUCUUUAAGAAGAACAUUGGAAACAUCAAAGAUAACCAGAAGGUCCAUGUGUCUCACACUAUCCACCCGUAAACAGAACAAACUCUCUGGAAGUUCAAUGAAUAAAGGUGAAUCAGCAGAUAUGGAGCAACGACAGAGUGUGCAGCAAAAGUACUCAUUUUUGUCAAUUUAUCGGUCUGGAUAAGCAAUAAUUUCCGAGACUGUCCAUAUUAGCGCUUACCCCCAAAUAAACUUCAGAAGCGGUUCACACCAAUCCGGAGCUCCCGGCCCAGCCACCAACUCAGUAAAUUAUAUGCGCAGGAUAAGGCAAAACUGUGGAGAACUGCAAACAAUAUUUUUAAAAGUUGAUGCUGUUUGGCAAAGUUUUCGUUUGUCCCUUCGUCGGCAGGAUACCAUUUGUCCUGAGUGGCCAGCACUGCUGAACAUUAGUUCAUUGUUCUACACCCCCACACAUAACUCUUUGCCUAGAGAGAAGCUCAUUUUUGAAAAAAACGUUUUGGCAGGGACAAUAAAAAUACCCCAAAUAUUGUUAGUUAUGUACGCCUGUCAGUAGAGCAGGGGUGUUAAAACGCUGGUGAAUUUGUCAAGCAGGACUUAGCAGCCUCUUACCUCACGUAUAUACUAAAUCAUAGCCAAUACCUUAAUAGAGAGGUUGGAUCAUUGUUGAGCCUUCAUAUUCGAGUUUUACACACCGAAGUCAUGCAAAGUUAGCAUAUGUCUGGUUGGCACGCAGUUCCAUGUUGUCGGAGUGAGUUACGCAUCCACACGCUUUCGAUUGCUAUAAGGUACGGGAAAAGUUUUGAGAGGGAUUAUGGAACAGAAAGGGGCCAGUUAGUCAUGCAUUGAGGACUCUUGCCAGUGAGAACCGGACUUCUGUUUAAAAGCUCAUUGGCUAGGUUAUUUGCAAUUACUAUCAAACGGUAUCCGUGCUUAGGUAGGAAGGCCCGAGAAAAUGUCUGACUCGGAAGCUGGUAGUAUUGCAUGUAACCAAUCGUUCUUAGGCUCAGCUUUCUGAGCUCCUCAGUCUCGGCGUUGGGUUAUGACCCUCGUGGACAUUAAUUUGAUGAAAAUUAAAUGUAUAAGGAUUCGCUUGCCAAUUUCAGAAGUUCGGUGUGUGAUGGGAAAUAAGUCCUGGUAAAACCAGACUCCGACAUUUCAGUAGUUUUCCUUGACUAUUGAGUUAUAAAUCGCGACAUUUGAAAAAUUAAGUUAGUUAGACACACCUAUCGUUAUUUCCCUUGAACGUCUCUCAGUUUUUAAGGAAAACAAUAUUGUAUAUCUGUAGAAUGACCUAACGCUGACCUUGAAAUGAUCAUCAUUAAAAUCUUCAACACAGAAUGAAAUACCCAAUAUCAACCAACUCCGGUGUGUACGUCCACACCCGCAAGCUAAAUGGAGAAAAAGAUUGAACAGUUACAUUUUGCCAAGUUUACACGGCGUCCCAAAAAUGCAUACACGCUGUGACUAAUUACAAAACCGCCGGUUAGUAAAAUGCACUUCAGAAUUCAAUUUGGCAUAUACGUGUUUUCGGCAACUGAAGCCGCCAAUACAGUCACGUACGAAUCAAAAAUACAAGAGGUUCGCAUGGUUUAUAAGUGAUUUAGGAGCUGCUAACACUCAUCAUUCCCACCCACCCGCAUGGCGAUAUCGGCAUGUUAUGAUCACGUAGGCAAAGGAGGGCAUGACAUAGACUGUGAGUGAUGUUUGUUAGUCGGGUACGUUGAGCACACAUCACUGCCAUCAGACGGUCGGGACGGCGUGUUAUAAUCAUCUGGGGUCGGUGUUGGCCACGGAAGACAGAUCGCUGAGUCAACGUCUUCUGAAAACUUAGCCCUGAAUUCGACAGCGGUAAAGCCACAAUCUCGGUUGUAGUUAGUAUUCGUUGAUAUAGACCUCUGGAGACGUUUGCUGGUGUCUAGUAGAAAACCUGAAAGGCUUUCUUGGCAUUGAUUCGGUGAUACAUAUCGACAAGAAGCACGAGCAUAGAAGUCCAUAUUAAUCUGUUUUAUCUCUGUCUCGCCAAAGAUGAAAACAGAAAACGCCUCGUUGUACGACCAAUGUCACCCGCUUCACAGGUGGCAAGUGAAAGAGUAAACACACAUCUGUGUGACCUGCAACGUUCUUUUCUUCCCAAAGAAUGUAUACACAUUCUGUCCCAUUAUAACGCGGGAUCUUGAUAAAAUGUGACUUAUUUUCUCAAUGUGAAAAAGUCAGCAGGCAUUGUGUAAUUAUUAUAUCGAGGUCUGUAUUCAAACGUUUGUCCCGUCUGAUGAUAACGUGAAGCAGUAGAAUCGAGUACACUGAGUCAGUUCGGUUAACCGGUUUCUUUAGGCGUGAGCCGUUACUAAAGCCGACCCCUAAAAAGUUGAGACAUGCGCAGUCGGGUGAACGAAAUGGGUGUUCAUGGAAACCCCUUCUACCAACUCACCUAGAUGGCAAGGUCACAUCAUGGUAGGAUCUUUCGCCACAGUGAUAGUGUGGGACCGCCUAUCCUUCUGAACCCAAAACAUGCAUGGUGGUUAAUAUUAAAACACAAACUACGCAGACCUUUCUAAUCGAAAACACAUUUUAGUAAACAUUUCAAAUACCUCCCAAGACACUGACAUGGCGGACUGACACAGUCUGUCUAUUUAAGUGAGACCAAUCAGAGGAGCGUCAAAAAGAAUGGUCCAAUUAAUCCUCAUUAUGGUACUCACACUGUUAUUUCCGGCAGAUUGAACUCACGCCCCACUUUGAUAUGAAGAUUCUCGUGCGUACAGUUGGCAGCAAUUCGGCUGUCAUUGCGAUCAUGUAAUUUAAUCGUACUCUCAUCAGCACAUAAGACUUUCGUUGAAGCAUGUGUGUAUUUUGCGAAUCCUGCUAAACACUCUAAUGCUCACAUCAUCUCCAUGGAAAGAGCCGAGGAAUCCCUGAAUACAACAUUUCCAGCGAUAACAAUUCAAAUUACGAUGGACGUAGAUUCCAAAAUCCAUGCGGUAAAUUCAUGUCUUAUUUGACACUCCCAAAAAACUAAGCGGCCCAAUGACUGCAGUCCUUCCUAAAUCUCUCCGUAACCUGAUUGGUUAUUCACAAAGCCAUUGAAUUGAACGAAGGCUGUUCAUUCUGUUGACCUUACAUACCUUCACAAUAUUCAACGCCUGCGAACAAUAGCCCCUUGUCGUUUUCCUAUCGAGUGCAACUUAUUUCUCGCCUCGUCUAGUCUGCCGAUAUUAGGCCUCAGAGAAAGACCCUCGAUGACUCCGGUUUUAGGGCGGGGUGACCUUAACGACUUAGCUCUCCAAGGAUAUCAGCGAACGUAGGCAACGCCCUUCCUUCUUAUCGCUUUGUUGAAUUGCACAAGGUCAAGUAAAACAGAGCUCGCCUGAAUAUGCUUACAAUUUAUGGCUAUUGUUUUAGGAAACGCAACAUGUGACUAGGGAUUUUGUAGCGCGUAAACGCUGCUGUUGCAUAUAGGCUCGUUUUAAUUUUGUGGACCUUUUAAGCAAAUAUGAACGCCCUGUCGCUUACAGACUGGUCGUCCCCCUAAUGCAGCCUACUACGUCAAAUCGCGUAACCACAUUCGGUAUUUCAUUCGUAAAUUAGGAAUACAAAAUAUGCCCACUUUCAGAAACUUACAUUUGCCAAAUUUCCAUUUGCCAAAGUUCAUGAAACUUUGGCACCUAUUUAGGGAUAUGCAAAAGGCAAUUUGGCGAGCAUACGUCUGGUUUCGAUAAAUCCUUUUCAGGCCUGCACACUUAUAUGGCUAUUAAAGUAAUGAAUUAAAAGAUACGGGCAAACUCGGGUUUGGAGUGGGGAGGGAAUGAGGAGAGUGAAACACCACAAGAAGGCGCCUAACUCAAGCUGUUUCACAGACCUUUCCAACAGCGGACACCUGUGUACUGUUCUCCACCAGUCCCAUCCUAUACGGAGAGGGCAAGGACCAACUACCAGCUCAGACCACCUCUUUGUGUAUCCACUCCUUCACCUGCUCCUGUGGGGCAGAAGAUACUGGUCGCACGGGCCGGCGUUUAUCCAAAAUAAUGAAAGAACAUCUCCCAGCAUGGUUAGGAAGGGGUCAAAUAAGGAUCAUCAACAGCUCGAUCCUCGCGCAUAUGGUAAACACAGACCACCGUGUAGACGCCAGAAAGGCCUUCAGAGUGAUUUACAAGGUCCCAUCAAGCUGCCCGAAACUGCUUGGGCAGCGCUACGGCAGCGGCGACUACAAUCAGUCUACGCGGACCGGUCCUAUGCGCACAGAAGAACUUCAUACAGGUCCCACAGUUGUCAUGGCUCAAAGCCACUAAGCCAGCCACCCGCAUGUAAUUACCUUCACCUGGACACACCUUCUCUCUGACGCUGACUGGAAUUGUGGUGUUUCACUCUCCCCCUCCCCUCCCCUCUCCAAACCAGAGCUACAGCUUAAUUAUCUACUGGCCCGUUUCGUUUAAUUAAUUACUUCAAUAGCCAUAUACAUGUACAGGCCUGAAGAGUAUUUAUCGAAAGCAGACGUAUGCUUGCCAACUGGCCUUUUGAAUUUAAGGAUAUAUUUGGUCUAAAAAUUGUUUACGUUAGUGCGCGUUUCCGGCUGGUUUACAUAAAAUGUGACCCCUGGUUAAUUCGUUAAUGGCAGUAUGCCGCGUGGAUCCACUUCGGAAGAAAAUAAAUACGGCGUUUAAACUUAAACAUAGGGUCAUUUUUGCUGGACGUUUUUAUGACUGUUGACCUUGCGAGGUGUAGAUCGUCAGGCUUGAGGCAUCGGCACCAUAACGACGGUACACGCGAAGUAUUUGAGAUUGCCUUGCAUGUUGGGCGGGUCAUAUGCUGGUUGUCACACCAGUGAACAAACCAUGGACGCAGAUUCAUAUGAAAAUAAAGUAUCCUUAUGACGCCCAAAAUCAUGCCCGCACAUAAUGGCGAUGCAUUUUUACUUCCGUACAUUCAUUAAAAGCCAAUCAUAUUCUAGGAAUCUGUGGCGGGCGGCGGAAAAUAAGUAUUUACCUAAAGUUCUGUUUAUCGAUCCAGUACUAAUUACAGAAAAAACGAGUAGUCAGCGUUUGCUCCCUAUCAUUUUUUGUCCGUUUGAGGACACUCUAAAACCGAGUACAAAACAUAAAUCCACUCUGAUGUUCAAUUUAUUGAAAUGCUGAACUUGCAGGUACACUUUGCAGUACAUCAGAGUCUUAAAUGAACAUCUGAUAUAGUAGUUUAGGUCAAGAAAUCUUCUUCAGACACCCUUCAUUUUCCACUACCUACGGGACCGGUAAUAAAUUGAUUUGCGGUAAUAGUUAUGGGCUUAAAUGUUAGCAGUCGCACGCGCAGUUCUCCCCGCCGAGGUCUAUAAAAAGUGUUACCUGGAGACUUGUUAUGAGAGCUCUCUGCUCUAAGUAUAUAUUUGUACGCAAUUUAUGUGAUGGGGAUUUGUUUGUACAAUAAACAUGCAUUGGGGUAUGCUCAGACACAACUUGAUAAAUCGGCGCGAUAAAGUAUGCAAAAAAUAACCAAAAAUAAAGCCUUUUGGAUAGGUGCAACGCCAUUUUGUAUUUUACUUCUGCGUUUUGUAUAAAUGUAUGCAAGUCUAACUAACCACAAAAAUUCUCGCUUAUGCGAUUGCUACCUACUUUAGUUGGGCAACGUGUUCAUUUAGUUACAGAAUGCGGAACUAGUAAUUUCGACUGCCUACUCACUCAAUUCGUUUGUUUGUGCUGAAUUUAUUGAGCUGAUAUUCCGCAGUCUACCGCAAAAUUACCCUUAGUCUACUUAUUUGCUUAAGGGAAACGUACGCCAUAAAGCCGCAGGAAGAGUAAACAUAAUACCUUUAUAUGGCGUGGUUAGUUUUCAGGCUCAUGAAUCCGAUGAAAAAAGGAUAGGUUUCCAGCUUUCUUAUCAAACUAUUAAUGACUUCUGGGUACAGUUCAUCAGUGUGUCUAUCUUCUUGUAGCUGCAGAUGGUCCAGGCUUAAAGUACACUGGGGUGUAUUGAUUGUUUUGACUAGUGUGUCAUAAAUAUCACAUUAAGGGGAGGCCAUUACAAUAAAACCGAAGUUAUUUCGUUCCAUAGCCCGGGAAUUUUAACGACCCGCGUUAGGUUCAGGGCAUUGUUCGUUACUUACGAUCAGGAAGCACACGGUAACCCAGAAGAAUAGGUACCCUGUCGUAUUACAAGCGGCCCUGCGCUACAUCCCAGGGUCAGCUCAGGUUUACGGUCAAAGUUUAUCCGAAAGCUAUCUCUACUAUGGGGUACCUAUUCCUGUGCCUAACCAACCGUAUAUUGGAUCCUGGUUUUAUCGGCUUAACUGAAUUUCUCUUGUGCCAUCUUCCAUUAGCCUGUUCGAAAAAGGCCGAUUAGAUUUUACUGGAUGCGGAGCCGUGUGCUGUAAUAUUGACUCCAGACCUUUCCAGUAUAUUUCUAUGAAUAUUGGGUAAGUUUAUGGACUAAGGACCAGCGUACUAGAAGAAUCAAACCGUGCAUAGAUUUUGAGGACUUUUGAGGACAUUUGGAGGAAGUUCGUCAGUCUCAUAAUGAUACACGGAGAGUACCAUACUGUUUUCUUUUGUGUAAAACUUAGCCUGCGUCAGUAACGAAUUUGCAAAAUACUGAAUUUAAUUGUAAAUAUUUGCAUAUAUUGCAUGAUCACUCAUAGUCAGUUACAAUCUGAUGGCCGUUGUGAUAAAAUCGGUCACUGAAGACUUCGCUGGUAUCUGUGCUAUUAAUGGUUAGUACGGGAAUACUGAGCGACCACGGCGUUGAAAUCGAUAGAUGUCAGUUGAAAUAUUCAAAAGAAAUUUUUUGAUCGAAUAGAAGGUUUGUGCUGCAGAAUGCCCUUCGCGUGCUUAUGGCAAAAUAAGAGGAAUUUAACAGGCUUAAAAUUCCUUAACUCUUGCUGAAAAUAAUUAUUUCCUAUUGGUAAUCUGGACUGCCCUUAUAAUCGUAUUAAAGUUUUGAACGCUUAGAAACCUAUCACCAGUCUAUGGAUCAUCAGUUUGGCCUACGAAAUUGUGAUAUUACGGUCGUCAUUAAACAAAUAAGUUUCCUAUAUUAUUACGUAUUAGUAAGUAGGUAAUCCGGUAAAAUGCGGCUAGGGAACUCAAGUCCACCAUAUUCAACCUUUAGUAGUGAUUCACAUGUUGUCAGAAGCUACUUUCUCCAAAACAUCAGGAGAGCAUGCCAGCAGUCAGUGUACAUGCUCAGGAAUUGCUGCUUAGCAGGCUCUCAUGAGAAUGAUUUCUUAGCUGCGCACAGCUAGUCCCGCUACCUUACAGGCUUCUGUUUACGUUCAAUUCUCUGCGGCCUUAGCGACACUAGCUAUUUCGGGCCGCUCGUCAAACUAUCGCGAGUGAAGGUUAUUAAUUUUGUUCAGCCUCGCGAGCAGCGUGAAGGAUGACCUCUUGCCUAGAGGUCAGAAAUUUACCUGAGUUGGUGCGUACGUUGACAGUACAUGGAAACUGGGAUGCAAUAGGUGGCACUCAUAUGGCACGAUGCGUCACUCUCAAAUACGACUGCUGACUGCAUAUGGAAAAGCACGGUAAAACGUAACGCCGCGGUUAGUAACGCCUGCCUCGUAAAAUGCUCUCCUUGUCUUUAGGACCUAGAGGAGAAACUGAAGGAACUGCAGGAUGAACGAGCGAAGAGGAUAGCAGACUACAGAAAUCUCCGGAAGGAGCUCCUUCGAAUCAGCGUCCAGAUGGGUCUAGAUGCUGAAUCAAUCAAACGAAAAAUGCAAGAAUUCCCACCAAUCGCAAGCCCGCUAUCCUCUGGUAAGUGCCUAUUUCUCUCAUUCUGACUCGAUGACCUCGUAUUUUAUAUGGACGCAGUGUCUACGUCAGAUGCUCCCAAGGUUAUUAGGAGUCACGUUGAAGUGUCGACAGUCAGUUAGACGGUGAAAAUUGUCAACGAUAAGACAGUUCAGAAUUUUAAAAUAAAAACACUUCCCUUGAGCACAUAAACAUUUACAAUGCCAUCUUGUUGAUUUUUACCUGGCAAUUGUCAGUGUGCUCAAGCCCGAGGACUGAAAAAUAAGAGGACAAACGUGUUCCGUGCUAUAAGUGCCUUGAUGGACGAACCCAACACUAUAUAUGUAUAUGGCCAUUCCAGUUUCCCUUGUCUUUGUCGGUAAUAUCAUUCUGACUAUAUCAUGCGCCGCUGUGCGGCUGCUGGUUGGGCUCGAAAGGGAGUCCAUAAGGCACAACGGAACGAGUAAGUUCCGUAAGAACGAUCGGUGAGCGCCCCCACCAUUAUAAAUGUAUAUAUAACAAUUAAACAGUGGUUCCCAAGAUCGCCUUUUCUUCUCAUAUAUGUUCGGGGACGCGCCUCUUGGCUUUUAUUAGCAAUAUAUAUAUAUAUAUAUAUAUAUAUAUAUAUGGUGACAGAUGGGCGCUCCCCGAUCAGGUAACGGAACUUGCUCGUUCCACUGUGCCUUGGGGCUCAUACGAGAACCCUCGUAGGCAGUCGCACAGCGACUAGUGUUAGAUAUAGUGUUAGAUAUACCUGAUCGGUGAGCGCCCAUCUGUCAUCAUUUAUAUUCCCGAUCACAACCGACAGGAAAACGGGCCGGUGGCUCAAUGGUAGAGCGUCAUACUCCAUGACCAAAGAUCCCGGGUUCGAAUCUCAAGUGAUCCACCCUUGGGGUUGGGUAUGACUGGCUGAUGAUGGCUAAUAAGCCAGAAAUAGCCAUUCCGGUCUCCCUUGUCUUUGUCGGCUCCAUCUCAUCUAAAUAUAUAAUGGUAGGGGCGCGGACCUAGCAACAACGACGACUGGGCAGGGAACAGAGGUCACACGAGCGACCCAGCGUUCGGCCACGGAGAGAACAAAGCCACUUCUACACCAGCAGGGAGAUCAGAGUUCGGGCACCAGGCUUGCCUAAAAUACGAGACAGGUGGUGGGAUAGAACAACUCCUGACCAGCAGGAACAAACACCUCACAACUUUGAUGAUGAAGACGAGGAAGUUUUCAAAACCUCAGCACCAAUACAGCGUGGUCCAUGGAAUCGCCUCUUUUUCAUCCUCGUCUUCUUUUGGAGAUGGUGAGCGGGAUAUAUAAGAUAUGAAAUGCUCGUUAAGAUGCUAACACGUCAGACGCAUGCAGCUGUUUCACGAUCAGUGCCGAUCGUCAAUAUGUGAAGAACGUUUCGCAAGCAAAAUCAGGAUUCCUGAAACCUUUUGGAAUUGUUUUGGUUCACAACUGCCAUCAAAAAUCAGACCGCAAAUCACGAAGUCCAAAGCCUCGCUACCAGCGACACUCCACGUUAAGAUUUUGAUAAAAGCAGGCAAUAGCCUUGGCACGGGAUUGCACGAACGGCAACUUACAAUCAACCGCAAGAUGGACUGUCGCUAGUCUGUGGCCGCAUUUGACAGCAGAAAAUGAGGUUUAUCGGACAAGUCAAUAAUAAAGCGGCAAAACUGAUGCUGGAAAGUUGGUCCCCGACUGGAACACUUAACCGAGCCAUAGACCUACUAACCGUCAACUUGGCGCUCGCAACAAGAUUCGAGUCAGUUCAGACGGGACCAAUAGGACGGAUAAAAAAGGUCAUGCGGGGCCUACAGCCGACGCCUGUCGAGAAGUGAGCAGGCGCCGACCGGAAGUCACAUAACCGACGUAGUACUGCCUCGCCACCGCGGCCACAAGGCCGAAUUUCCAAAAAGUUGGCAUUAAUACAACUUGGUCCACGAAAUCGCCCUUUCUUCUUCGUCUUCUUCGGUGGAUGGUUAACACAGACAACAUAUAUAUGACAAAUGUGCUAUUCCGUACUCCUGACAUCGGCAUUAGCUAAAAGCCUAGACACGUGUUAAGACGAUGUUUUUGCUGCCCCACGAUGCAACAGCGAGGGAUUCGGCUCCGCAGCGGGUCCCCCAGGGCUCUCUAUGAGGUUUGCAAUAUACGAACUUCAGAGAAUGAUCAAGCCUUACGGUCAUGGGAAUCGGGAACUGAUGAUGUUCAAUCUAAACGUAUGUAGGAUUUAUGCGACAAGUUCUCUUUAGAUAAAGGAACAAAAUGUCUAUUAGUCUAGGCGAUUGCAUAAUUUGUUAUUCUGUCCUAUUCCUUCGGUUGUCUCAGAUCGGUAACAUUGUACACUUAUAGCGAAAUUCCGACAGAAACAUCACUCAAACCCUCAAGUCGACGAUUCAAAUGUCAAAACACUGGUGUAAUAGCAACUAUGCAUCCCACUUUAUCUACUACCGCCUUUUGCAGAUGGCCAGGUUCCUACGCUGAAGGAACUAGCACGCAUGAAUUCACUUCUGGAGGACAAUAAGGCAUCCAUCGAACCGCUGGUGGCGAAAUUCCGGGGCCUUCAGGCCGACAUCCUCCGCCUUUCCGCAGACAUUGACUAUCAGCCGCAGAAUGCGAAGGAACAGUCCCUACUGGCGCAGACCAAUACAGGGGACCAAGAAGACGGUCAAAAUGAAAUUCAGGCCGAAGAAAAUGGAGAAUGCGGCGUGGACAUUGAUACUGAAAUUCAGGCAGUGCAGGCGAACUGCAGUGGAGCUCUUCCCACCGAAGAUGAUUUACAGGUAAUUCGAGUAACUUUUCAAAAAUGUAACAGUACAUCUGGAGAAUGGAUAAAAUAUGUGAAAAGACCACCCACUAACCAAUACCCUUCUCUAGGUCCUUCUUUAAGACUCCACUAUCCAAACACGCACAUUGCUCGUAGGUUUGCAGUAGUUGCAGUAGGUGGGAUAACUCAUGAAAUGUCAACCGAAAUUCUGAAAUGCGUUUUCGUUUCGAAAAGAUUAAUUAAAUAGGGUCGUGAAACUAAUAAUCGUGCAGUAUAAUUAUAUAAUAAUUCACUUGCCACAGAAUACUGACUUUGGGACGAACUUCUUUUCGGCCGCAUGCAAAGGCUAUACUCUGCACAUGAUUACUUAAGUAGCAUGAAUUUUUCUCGCCGAUUUUCAAUGUCCUAAAAAACUCAAUUGUAUUUCAUUGAAAACGUGCAUGAAAAUAUUCACUCUUUUACUCAUUCGGUCGAAAAUUGCAACCCCUUUCGAUUUUAUACUUGAAGAAAGGAUAAAUUCGGCUUUUAAAACUUUCCCAGUUCCCGAAUAACGUUGAACACUACCUGCCCCUACACUUGAAUUCAGGAUUUCCAAACUAGAAUCCGUAUAUUUUCAGCGUGCGGACAACCAUAAAUUUCUCUAAGGUAUUGAGAGGAAACCGUAUGGGAUCCAUAAAAUUCAGCGGUGAAUUUGAGCCGUAUUGUAAACUUAAGAUGCUACGUAAAUAAAUGCGGAGACAGAUGUUGUAUGAACAGGCAUUUCACGGUCUUAAAAGAUGUCAUAAUUAGGGACUUUUUGAAUACCCAAUUAUAGCAUUUCUUCAAGUAUAAAAUUGGAAGAAGACGUAACUUUCUAUCGAAUGAGUAAAAGAAUGAAUACUUUUAUUCGUGCUUUCUAUGAAAUACAAUCGGACUCUUAGGGGCAUUGAACAUCAAUACGAAAAUUUAUUCUAAUUAAGUAGUCACUUUUUACGAAACAAUAGUUUUGAAUGCAGCCGGAAGUAAGUGCAUUCGAAAGCCGGCGUCCUGAGGUAACUGAAUUAUUAUAGAAUCAUGUAACACUAUGAUUAAUCUUUUCGAAACGAAAACUUAUUUCGGACAUUUGAUUGGCAUUUCAUGAGUUAGCCCACUUACUGUAUAUUACCUACAUGGGCCAACUAAAACCGACCCCGCAGGAUUUGCGCUGGAUCAACGCGUCCCAGAUCAGGGCACGGCAGCCGCUCUUGUGGAUGCGCACCCACAACAGAUGCCGUAGAUGGAGUGUGUGGUGGUACGCCUAGGCGCCCGAUCACGCCGCAAUGGCCACCAGCGCCCGAUCCCGCCUUCGGUCUUCUUGAUUCUGUUUUGGCAUCGAGCCUAUAACAGCGAGGGAAGCGAUAGUGCAGUAGAUGCGCGCAAGUGUACUAUCAUUGUAGACUAGGUCAAGCGCACGUCGCUGUGGGACACACCGUGGACAUCGUCGAGAUUGGUGUCGAAAUGUCGUAUUGGUUACAUGUAAGGCGCGCGUAGAUGUGCCACUUACCUCUAUGAGCCAUCGGGCAACUCUCAUCAUCAGUUGGGACAGUCGACUAGCGCCUGGAGGAGGUGUAAACAAGUGAUACAAACACUGGGGACUUUAUCCUUAUGGCAGACCAACGAACUUACCAUCAGGAAACUGAUGUGCCUCAAUCGUCCUACCGAGAUAAGAAAUGUUGCUUGGAAAUCUGCCAAGCUGGAGGGUCAGAUCCAGUGACGCCUACUGAAUGAGGCCCCUAUGACGUUCUCAAUCAAAUGGGAUUCGAGCAUCAUAGUAGUUUUGUGGAACGACUGGAGGAGUGGAUGUCGAGCUGCAAAGGUUCCAGCUUGAUGUGUGGCAGCCAGCCAUCAUGAAUGGGCCCGGCGUCAUUGUUCAAAACCUCGCUGCCUCAAGGGCAUUCAUCCCUUGCAGCGAGCCGUCCCAGACGAGCUGACCUGAAGUCACACGACCAACAACUCGGGCACACCUGCGUCCGCGCAGUCGCAGCUGCCCAUGCGGCCACUUGAACGCGCCACCCACUGCAGCCAGAAAAACAAGCCACUGGGACACCACCCCUCGGCAAAUGCAACACACGCUGACUGGACACCGCUUGAGCUUGGCCCACGAGCCUACAAAAGCGGAUGCCGCCACUGUCUCAGGGACUCUCAGGCCUGACUGGACGCAGUCAACACCAUCCCUGGCUUCGCCAGUGGCCACUGUCACCUGAGAGGACAACUCCGAGUUCUGUGCACAAUAAAUCCCUCAUUCUGGUCCCAUCUGCCGUCUCCCUGUCCACACUGGAAUUCGACCAUGUGGUUGCAGCGCACAGAGCACUUACUCACACCGCCUGGUCACACCAGAUGUAACCUUGAUGUCAUUCUUGCGUGUGUGAGAUCUGACCUGCCCCCAUAGUAACCUGGCAAACGCCGCGAGGAACGCGCGUUGUAAGCGCAGACGGACUGACUAACCACGUCCAGUCUUUUUAACAUUGCCUUCUUACCUAUAUAAGGCGGGUGGGUACAGGGAACGCGUGGUAAAUACAGUGCAAGUCUAUCCGCCUGUGAAUUAAUUCACGCGUAAGUUGGCGAUGUUGUCUCAGUUCCGUGAGUCGCGUAAUGGACGCCGUGAUUUGCGACGGCUAGACCCUCUUAUUGCGUUCACACCACUUUAUAGCAGUUUUAUCUGAGUUAAGAAUCCAAUCCAAGCCAGAACUGCUAAGACACUGUUUCAACAAACACACACGCACUCAGAAAAUUUGUCGGUCACUUCCCAUCGCACGUACAUCUUACAGCACAUUAGGCCGGCCAAGCUAAAGCAGCCAGCCUUUUUGAAAGCAUGCCGAUUACGGCUGAAAUGUGCGCAAUUUAAAGUGCGGAUGAAGAAGGCCAACCGAAGGGGCAUCAAUUGGAAAAACCACCUAAUCAGGCGGUUUGUUUAAAACGCAGUCAAACUAGUCAUUUAAAUUCCGAGGGGUUUUUAAUCCCUCAGUUUGCGUCAGCAAUUUCAUGAUUCUGACAGCGACGUAACUUACUCUUGUAAGUAGAAGCAGUUCAUUCUACUCUGGCGCAGCAGGGCGAAAAACCAGAAAUCGAUUUUUGAUAAAAAGAAGUAUAAGACAGUGUAAGCUAGAAGAGGCUGAACAAGCAAUUUAAAUCUCGUUCUCCAUCCUUGGAUUUCUGGCAGCAGUGGAGGAGGGAACAGUAAGAAUGCGAAAUCGGAACAGUUGAUCAAGCAGAAGUCGAGUCGGGAGUGUGGAGAGGUAUCGCUGACCGAACGUCGGAAGCAAGUGCCGUCGUUUCUGGGUUGAUCGGUUAGACACCUGGUCUCAAGGAUUGUAAGCGUCUGCAAUGACAGGCUCCCGGAGCCUGGUAUGUGCUGGAAAUUCUAUGGCACCGGGUUCUCUGUUGAUAGAUGCGCAUGCGGUCCCGUUGGGUAUACAGGUCGUGAACAUGGUUGCCCAGUGAUCCUCGUUGGCUUUCUGAUUCGUUGUGGUGCUGUUACUGUUGGUUAAAAUUCUGGUCUCCCUUGUUUCUGUCGGCAAUGCCAUUCUGCCUAUAUCAUGCGCUGCUGUGCGGCUGCUGGUUGGACUCGAGAGAGAGCUCAUAAGGCACAACGGAAUGCGUGAGUUCCGUAAGAACGACCGGUGAAGCUUCCCAACCAUCCUGGCCAAGUGCUUGUUGCAGAUGAGGGGGUGUGGUGGCACGCCUGGAUACGGGUUCGACUGUGUCAGUCACCUGUGACUUUCCUCGCCUGCGGCCUCCUUGACUAUGUCUUGACAACGGGCGCAGAUGGGGGAGUAGGAGAGAGUGAGAUAGAAGCUGUGCAAGUGUACCAUCAUUAUAAAGUAAUCCCACAGACAAGUCACCAUGCCUGCUUCAGCUUGCUAUGGAGCACACGGUGGACAUCGUCGGGCACGAGGGUAGAACUGUUGAUUAGACACUUAAAAGUGCGACUAGACGACGGUGACAGUCAUUGCAAGGGUUUUACAACCAGUGGCAGAUUACACAAUUCUAUGAGUAUGUGCAAGCGGAUAGACUUCGCUCUUAGUUGAGAAGCAAACGUAGGAUACGGAUAAAACAUUUGGAAGGUGGACUACAGAGAUGAUAGGACUGUUUUUGAAGGACACAACCAGCAAUCUGUUGACCUUCUACGGAGAUCCCGUUGCUACACAGUGCGGGCACCCAUUUGAUUACUAAUAAAUGAAACCAUACGUAACGGGAACACCAGCAUCAAUACAAUUCGAAACUUGGACAUUGUCAUUCCAGCGUUCAGUUUUUAUUCCUAACUGACUCCCAAAUCAUAGUUCCCUUUUUAAAAAAAUCAGCUCAGCCGAAGUCCGCGCUGAUUAUGAAACAUGAUUGCACGUCGUCUUUCUUUUCAAUUCCAUAAAGAAAAUGGAUCAUGUUUUUGUGUCGACUAAAGUACUUAUCUUUUUUGCACUUUUAUAACAUCUGCCGUAUGGGUCAAAAAUUUGACCCUGGAAAGUUCCAAAUGCAACCAUAUGACUCGUAUGCUUGGUAUUAGCCACAACAACUUCGGUAAGAUAUGGUUUGGUAGCUCCACCUGAUGGACAUAAUACUGUUGAGGUUGGGGUAAGGGUUAUGAUUAGGAGCUAUGGUUAGUGUUUAGGGUUGGGGAUUAGGGUUAGGGGUUUUCGUUUCGGGCUUAGUGUUUAGGAUUAGGGGUUAUAGUUACGGGUUAGGAUUAGGGGCUAACGCAAUUAUUUCUCAACCAUUCGAGGUACAACCACGCCUUCCCAGUGCCUUUUUUUCGCAUGCAACUACUUGAUCUCGUCGCCUGUGCGUUCCCCAGCCCCACCUGUACAAACCCCUAUUACUACCGGUCCCGUAUUAGAUGUGACUGGGGUUUGUUUACUUGAGGUGGGGCAACAUAAUUACAUCCGGCCCUACCUUCUAGGUCCAAUCUCCGUAAGGACUUUCGAAUAGUUGUCUUUACUAAAUGCACGUCACCCUGAUAAAACAGUCAGCCACCUGGUAAUUCUAACUUAUGCUUUGUUAGGACCAAAGUUAACUGCUAUCAGGGUUAGCAUAGACUAGUUUCUGCUCCUAACACUCCAUGCUUUUUUUCACAUUCGGAGCACAUCAAGCGGGGAACUGGGGUUUUAUGUGAUGCAGAGUCAACUUUAUUUAUUUACCACGACCACGCGAAAGUCCUUCGACAUUCCAGAAGUUUGCUACUUUGCCUAGCGGAGAACAUUGACGCUGAUGCAGGCGACAUAUUUGUUCGAUUGGUAGGCGCUCACAUAUCGUCAGCAUAACUUCUCAGGCUGGAGACUUCAUAGGGUCCCUAUGCAAUAAGAUAAAGUUUGACUGAAACCAAGACCGUGGAGGAAAACGCUCAGAUUUCCCAUCCCCUAUGCUUGGGCCAAAAAUAGCAUAGGCAUUUUGGCACGGUAACUACCAUCCCUGCAGCAGCUGCGUGAACUGUAUUUUGAUUGGUCUGCUUUUCCACGUGGGAGAGAAUCAGAAGCAUCAUAUACGGUCGCAGGCUGCGUUUGGAUUGGAUGCCAUCCGCAUCCAACUGCCAACGGCUGCAGGGCAAUGUUUUGCUGAGAAGGCUAUUCCCGGGUUUUUAAGCGUUUAAAAUUUGCCUGUUAAAAUAUUCUAGGAUGGGCGUGGCUGGGUGUACGUACCAUGUCGUUCACUGUUGUAAAGGCCCCAGAUCUGCACUGUUGGGGAGGCUGUACGCCAGAAUAUGUAACAGCUCGAUUUUGGGAAAGUUUUAGCCCGCAACAGUCAAAUGAUAUUUGCAUCUCGUGACUUACCAGUAAGGCUAUAUAGAUGUCAGCUCAGGAUGUAGAUGUUAGUGAGUUGCCGUGAGGACAUGUACUGAGUCAAGCGGCUAGAUCGCAUUUGGUAGCCAGGCCCCGCAUUACUGGUGGCUAGGGGGGGUUUGUUUACUGGGGCUAUUUUGUGGCGCUCCAUUAUCACAUGUGACCCACUUGGCUUCCGUUUUACGGUUGAGGUUAGGAUUAGGGUACCAAUUAAUAGUUUUCGAUUUUCGGGUUAUGGUUAUGCAUUUAGGCUUAGGUUUUCGAGUUACGGUUAGGAUUUGAGCGUACGAUUAGGUUUUAGUAUUGCGGUUAGGUUUUUCAGUUACGCCUAUGCCUAAGGGCUACAGUUACGUUUGCAACUUCGGUUAGGGUCAGGGUUGUCGUUAGGGUUAACGGUUAACGUUUAAUGUUGAGAUUAGGGUUACGGUUAAGGCUAGGAUUAGGGUUAGGUGGCCAUCCGCUCCCUAUUCCUGGCUACCAAAUGCGAUCUAACCCAAGUUGCUUUGUUAUGGAUCGUGGAUGGUCAUUGGCCAACCGAGAAAUUCUAACUGCGAGACAGUUCUUUCAGUCCAACUGAGGCAGAUUUAUUUAAUCCAGAUGAGUUGUUUGUCCGUCAGACCAGGUCGCAGAACAGACUGCGUGCGCAACGCUAGCUUAAAAGCUCAAGACUGUGAGUGUGAAUAGUUGUCACGUGGAAAAGAUCAAUAAAACAAUCUGGCAUGAAAAUCCAAGGCGGUUUUGAAAUCAAGUCACACUGGCGUCUGAAACUCCCGUCUGCUUCUAAAAACGUCUAGUUAACAGACGUGAAACAUGGCGUCAUAGAGUAGUGAUCUGUCGUUGGAAAUUAAGGCCUUUGCUGCCAUCCGCGGUACACAUGUAAUACUAGGGGUCACUGUCGUUCCUGAUGGCUCAUCGCCAAACUUGUGAUCGCUAAUUAUGGUCCUGGUGGUUGUAACAAUGAAGACUUAUCUUUUCGUACUCUUAAACAGAGUCCCACAUUUUGUGGGUGAGGGGGGGAGAGGGUUUUCAUCUAGAAGUCUUAAUCCUGCAGCUACAUUCGAACGGAUGAUACAGGGCUUUGUCUGAUAAAGAUGCUUAGUAAAGGGUUGGGGCAACGGUAGAGUGAAAGACCAAACUUAACUGUCGGUAGACUGUGCAUCCUGUCAUAUGGGAAUGGGCGUAAUGUGGGCCAGAACCCAGACAAUAAGCUGACGGAAUGCAUUAGAACACAGAAAUUGGCUGGAUUCUGCCGAAAGUCUUAUCGCACGCUUUCGAAUGGAAGCGGAAAUGAGCGCGUUAAACAGCAUAUGAAUAAAAAGCAAAUUUUCGAAAAAAUAACGGAGUUUAAAUAAUGGUUUGAGGUCAUGUGAAGUAACUAUUGUCGGCAGUAUAGUGUCUGCAACGAUUUGCAUGUGCACGCAAGAUAUAAUUCCAUAUGACACGGUCCACAGUCUAUCGACAGUUGAGUGGGGUCAUUCACCAUACAGUUACCCUUCACCAUAACUGAUGAAUGCUGUUCUUACUGCUUGGGAGGACGGUCCGAGCAAAAACAACCCCAAUCCUGAGUCUCUGGGUAUCAAAACUUGCUCAUAUAAACAGUCAUCGUUACGAUUACGUUUUGAAUUUGCACAUUUUGGAUGCAACUGCUUGAGAAACAAGCUGAUAAGUGAACUGAAACACGACAUCCAGGGCCAGAAGAGGCUGGAGCCAAUGGGAUACAGACCACGCCAGCUUAAUUAUUUACAAUUUACUUUCAACAUGUGCUUUGGCCCUUGUGGCUAAACAGGUAACCUGUCGGAAAUUUGAAGACGGUAUUGUCCAACUACACUUUGCCUAGAGUGUUCAGUUAUGCCCCAUCUCGGUCAGUAUUCAUGUUUCUCUCUUCGUGAAUGGCUUCAUCAGAAGCUGCCUUAUCGAUGGAAACGAAUAGACGAGUUCCGAGAAACGGUUCCGAACAAAGAGAUUCGAUAUCUGGGAAAAGAAGUUUAUCGGCCUGAAGUUUCGGUUUCUCACUCGAACACAUCAUCAUAGACAGCCACAGGUAUUGAAUGGUGGGGGUGCAAGGAGAGCAUUAUUUACAGCCUGCAAUUGCCAUGCAGCCACAGACGUAUUUCAAUUACCCGCAUUCACAUUCAUCUCUGGGGGGAGGGGUCGCAUUUGAUGCCACAGUUGCUUAUUCACCCGCACCGCAGUCGUUAUUCGCCGUGAGUUCACCACGAUUGUGAUUUGUGACAUCAUAGUUACUCAUUGCAUCAUAUGUAACUCUUACUUAUAGUAAGCCUGUGGUUUUAUGGCAGCCGUUCCCUGCAAAUACUGCGCUCCUUCUGCUUCCGUCGCUCCUUAUCUGCCACUUGUCUUUACUUGCGUGUUCAAAUGGAAAUUCGAAAAGUCGGGCCAAUAUAGUUCUUGUGACAGUGAUCGCAUCUUUUCCUUAUUCUUAACCUACCCUGGACAACAGGUGAGGUUUCAUCUGCUGGCUUUUUUGCGCUGCCAGAAAACUUCAUAGGAGCAUAUUUGAAAAAAAACAGAGACAUGCCUAAGGUGCGCUUCACUCACACUUUGGGGACCGAGUUCAUUUCUUUUGCACCUGUGACCCAUGCGGCACCUAUGAAUUCUUGAUGAAAGUUGUUGAGGUCAAGUAGCUCCGACUACUAAUCCGCAUUUGUCAGAGUGUGCUUUAAUUUACAGCCAGGUUAAUCCACCCAACGCAGCCUACAGGUUUUCUGAGACAAAACCUUCACUGCAGCAAAGAGACGUAGCAAACUAAAUCCUCACCUGAAUGGCGUGAUGUGCUAACAAUGGGAAGAACAGUCCGGUCGCACACGAAAUCCGUCAUAAGUUAGCCGUUCUUAUUACAAGAAUAAGAAAAAAUAUUGAGAACGAAUAUGUUCUGUACUCCGUCAUUACUUUUCAGAAAUGAUUUCUGCCUGCGGUUUCUGAGAAAUGGACGAGGAAGAACUGUGUCCACUGUUAGCAUUCUACUAGUGGGCGAGAGUUAUUAAGUCCUAUUCCGACAUCUUGCUGCGGGUAGCUUCUUAAUCCAUGCGCGAAGUAAUCCUUUGUUGGCAGCAUUGGCCUUUCAGGCAAAGAAAGGUUAAUGUUCUCCGUCAUCUGCUGAUAGCUGAGUGACCUUUGAGGUUUUCACUUGAUCAUCUCAUUAAUUUUCCAGAUCUUACCUCUUUCAACUCUACCCCUCUCCCCCACCCCCACCUACAGGAGUUGGCAAACUGGCGUCUCCGCAUGGUGAAAGAAAAGGCUCGUCUUGUUGGCAGCUGCGACGAACUGCGAGGUUACCUACGAAGCAUGUGGACUCGUCUGGGAAGAUCAGAGAAGGAUCAGGAGGACUUCAUCUCAAAGUGUUCCGGCUACAAGCCCACGGUGCUGAGCGCUCUCGAGGUGAGGUCUGCGACUUGAGCGAUGGAAGCCGCAUUGUGCGUAAAAUUCCUAAAUUUAAAGCGUCGGGAAUUUGGUAAGCCUGCGGGUGCAGUCAAAGCAACACGAUAAUCAUGGCCUAGUCACUUCAGAGAAAGGGGAAAACACUAGUCGGAGUCGUGUACACUGCAGAGAAGUUCAGUUGUAAUCAGAACUCCCGACGCGUGGCUGGUCCAGGGUCUGCUUUUGGUCUGUUCGCCGGGAUAAUAUCAGUGUGAAUGAAUAAGCCUCAUGAGGGAGUCAAUGGACACCAGCUUGGGAAGUUGAUUUGGGUGGUUGGAAGUUUGUGGACACCUGUGAUUUGCUGUUCUGGAGACUUCAUGCGUGAGCGCCAGAGGCAGAUGGUGUGAGGCAUUAUGCGCUCCUGUUAAAUAGCAUUUAAAGGAAAUUAGAAUACCACGGAGAGAAAGGGCUCAAGUAUGUAUUGGCCAAUUACUUUCAUCAGACAUACCUAGGGCGAUAGAGAGACCCUACUAGGAGACGUCUAGUCUGCUUAAACAAUGAGCGCCGCAGGUGACCUUGAAAUCGUACCAAUCCUGAAACCAAGCAAUACCAACUGGUUGUUGUCAUAACACGUUAAGCCAGGUAAGAAUGGCGUUAACAGGCCUAUCCUGCCAAUAGUAGGAAAUGGUGACAUUCUGUGUAGCCGAGUAAUGUACUCGCAGCUUGGCUGAUCGAUAACUGGAAGUCAUUGCUGGAGACGGAAAGCAUCCAACUAUAUGUAUUUUUCAGUGGACAUUACUUUUGACUAUUUCAACAGCAGGUUAGCUUUAAAAAUCUCGUAGAUCUCUUUGAAUAAUACAGUUAACGAAUUACAAUUUGAUUGGAGUCCCUGAAGCCUUCUACUGACUUUCUGUCACUACAGGAUUAGCAUUCAAGUUCAUCAUCAAAGCCCAAAAUACGCACAAAAAAUCAUUUUAAUAAACGGAAUUUGGUUGAUUAACAGCCACGUAGUUAUUUUUGUCUGCACCAUCGAACAAAGCGGCCGAUCGGCACCCACAAUCGCAAGAACUUCUAACUAAUGUACUGAGUCGAUUAUGCACUGGAUAACUACGACGUAAACAGAUACUAGAUACUCAUACUAGAUGACCGUCCACGUGAGAGUUGGUUGCGUCUUACAAUCCACGGAAUGGAUGUUGAAGCAAACCGCCCAACUGUUGAUGGUAGACUUAGCGCUCAAACUCGGAAAAACGGACUCUUUUAUCCUGCAUCGUGAAUCCGUGAUGGACUGUGUUAGACAGGCGGAUGAUCCUCGUCAUGACCGACGUGUCCCCUGACCGCUUGACUCCAUGUCCUAGCAUCGAUUUUUUCCAGACGAGCGACAGCGCAUAGGACUAACGCCAAAUUGGAGGCCGUAGCUCACUGCCGAACACCUGAUUGCGCCCGUAAGCUUUGAGGGUCAAAAAUUCACACAGUAGACGAGAACUGCAGGCGACGAGAGCUGCUCAGGUCACAGUCCAAGGUUCGUGAUCGGUCAGUUGACAAGAUUCAAUUUGGGGUAACGUAAAUUUCUACUAUCUAUAAAUCAGUAUCGGUGCGUUUAUAGAUACUCAAAAGAGCGUAAAAUUCGGCCAGUUCGGCGCACCUUCGAAGGAGGCGUCAUUUUCGCACUAGAUCUCGCCAAGUGCACAUAUACCCGUGACAGACGUCAGACGGGUGACCUACACCAGACCAACCCUACGAGAAAUCUCGUGAAUCGGUCACCGGCUGAUGCUGCAUGCAUUGUCCAUCUACCUAUGAAACAGCCCUUUUCCCUAUCCUAAGCUGCAAAGCGAAGUUAAAUGGUUUGACUUGGAAGGCCGUCAACUGGCUGGCUGUUACGGUCCGCUUCCGAACUGAGAGUCGGGUUACAGUGGUGUAUUCGCGCUGUUUGAAAUUGAUGGCGGGUAUCAGAUUGCGCUCUUCAACGACCUACGCAAGAAUUGCACUGCAAACAACAUCGAGGCCAGACCAGGUCCGACACACAUUAAUUGGACUGCGCAUGCGUAACAAAUGACUGACAUGGAGUGUGAUGGCACGCCUAGGCGGAUGCUCACGCCGCGCCAGUCACCUGCGCCCAAUCUCCGCAUCGGGUGACUGACUGUCCCGGACAGUGGACUGGUGCCUGGGACAGGAGAGCCAUCGUGAAAUCGACCUUGGAGACUAUAUCCCUACAAAACUCAGAGUAUCUUCUUCUUUAUCAACUAUUACAGUAGGUUGAGUAUUGUAGUUUAAAAGGCCUGCAACCGAUGGAAUAACUUGGUCUUUCUCUCAGGACGUGGAGUCAGGCUGCAAGGGUUACGCGUUUGUGCGACCUCAGUGGCUCUCCCAUUCAUCCGGAAUCCGAGUUCCCGUGUAACUUUGGCACAUUUGUGCUGACAAUUGCGUGUUGCAUACGCAGACUCGCGGUUCACCAUUACCUGAUCCCGUAUCAGGCCUUCUUUGAUUUCUCCUGACAUCGGGCUCUGGUGGAUGGGAGUGUAGAAGGUGCGGAAGACGGUGCGCACCCAUCACGUUGUGCAGCAGAGGGUAAAGAUGGUUGGAAGGCCGGUUCACUCACGUAGUGGAUAGAAUAUCAUUCUUCUAUAAGUGAAGAAGAAGAUUCGAGCACUGGAACACUUUGUUUAUUGUCCUGAGCUUCCAAACAGGAGUCCGUCGUCAGAGGGAGUUGCAGCAACAGAAUAAGCGACAGUUAUGUGGCAUUCUCUGCCAUACAUCAGGGACGUUUCAGAAGCGACCGAGCGCAUUGCUGUGGAGCUAGGUGUUGGAAUUGCACACCGCCCCGAAGACACUAUGCUUAAUAGGGUCAUGAAAAUCAAAGACCGGUUAAAACCUGAAGAGAAAUCUGAAGUAGUGUAUCGCAUUUCGUGUCAAAAUUGUUCUUGUAACUACACAGGGCAGACUGGGCGCAUGCUCGGAUCGCGCAUACACGAACAUAAGCUGGCUGUGCGACGAGGCGACGCAUUAUCACAAGUGGCCGCCCACACCUACAAAAUGGGUCCCGAGUUCAACUUCACAGCCACCAAAAUAGUCGCCCACGUUGGAAACAAAACAUGUCAAGAAUUCAUCGAAGCCUGGACCUUGGAUUAAAACUCGGCCAAGCGAUUUGGCGCCGGCGUACAGUGCUUUGCGUAGUCACUUUCAGUCUUGCGUCGUCGGUCGAUGAUUGGCCUGCAUGCCUUAUGACAGUUCGACCAUAGAUUUCGAUGACGUCCACCGUGUGCCACACAGCGGCAGCAGCGGUGGGAGCAGUGACGGUGACAAGUCUGAAAUCUCAGGACAACAACCAAAGUGUUCCAGUGCUCGACUCUUCUUAACUUAUGCAUACACCUGGAACUCAAAAUUUCGCCUUCAUCCGUGCAAUUCUUUGCUCUGACUAACUGGGAAGAAUUGAAGUCUCGCCCGUGUCCGAGCAUUCGUCGCCAGCAUGUGAUAAGUUCGUGUAGACGGAUUUUCCUCAAAUCACCCAUCGUGUUAGCAUUUUUUGCCGAGGCUUAUGUCCUGAGUAAUGUUCACCAAUAGUGUACCUUAAAGCCAUACAUGAACAUGAAUUUAUCGUCGAGGGAAAGGUCGAUAUUUUAUUGCCGUAGUAUAUAACACACGAAAACUGCCUGAAGGGAGUUUAGUAAGCUCGGCAGGAAGCGUCUGCGACAUCUGUUUCUGCAUCUGAGGAAUCACACAUCUGGAUAUGCAGUUUUCAGGAGGCUGCUAAAUAGGCUUCUAAACGAAACUGGAAAAAGGAGGACAUUUCUCUUGUGCCCCUCACACCCUCUUAAAUACCUGUUCAAAAUAUGUGCACACAAGUCUAAUUAAACCAUGUCCCUAACGGUAAAUGGUGAAGGACACGUUAGUCUCAAACUUCCGAGGUUUUUUCGACGCCAGGCGGUGGCGUAUAUAACCUGAAUUUAUGCAGUCCUCUCAGAUCGAAUAGGGGAUCGGUAAUUAGGUUAUACCUUCAUGACGACCGUUAAAAUCGCUAUCUAACAUCUGUAAACGUGCCGACUUAUAUACGAAUUACAGAAACCUUGUGCUUCAGAAUAUGCCUCUAAUGACCCCUUUAGGCCGAAGCCGAUGCCUGUCGAAAGGAACGCCUGAAGACAAUUCGUACGUACCUACCACGACUGAAGGAUGAGGCCACCGAACUGGCUCGAUCGUGUUUCGUCGAAGCUCAGGAACUGGCCAUAAUUGAAGAAUUUACUGGCAAUGAUGAGGCGUUAGUUGACUACCUGGAGAAGCGUAUUGAAGAGCUAAAGACCAUUUACCAAAGACAUCGCCAGGUCUAUGACGGUAUCGCCAACUUCCAGAGUCUUUGGAGGACCUUUCUGGAGGUGGAACAGCGGAUGAGAGAUCCAGCCAUUCUUUCCAAUCGCGGUGGAAUCUUACUGAAGACGGAGAAAGAGAAGAAGCGUCUGCUGAAGGAGAUCCAAAAGGCCGAGGCGGAGGCCAACGCUGCGAUUGAACAUUACGAAAGAGAGAAGGGAGAGGUCUUUCGCCUCUCCAAUGGCAAGACCUUCCAGGCCGCCGCUGAGGAACAGUGGAUGGAACUGAAGGGUCCUCGUGACAGUUCCAGUCGGGGUGGCAAACGCAAUUCCAGUGUGAUAGGUCGCAAACCGGUCUCCGCCGGCGGCGAUCAAGGACCGCCGGGUGCACCGGUAUGA